AUGUUGGUGCUCUUGGUUCUCCUGUCUGUGGCUCUCGCUUCCACUCACCAUGCUGGUGAGCACUUUGAAGGUGAGAAGGUGUUUCGUGUCAAUGUUGAAGAUGCAGGUCACAUCAACUUACUCCAAAAGUUAGCCAGCAUCACCCAGAUUGACUUCUGGAAACCAGAUUCUGUCACACAAAUCAAACCUCACAGCACAGUUGACUUCCGUGUAAACGCAGAUGACAUUGUCACUGUAGAAGACUUUCUGGACAAGAAUGAAUUGAAUUAUGAAGUACUGAUCAACAACCUGCGAUCUGUGCUGGAGACCCAGUUUGAUAGCCAGGUCCGCUCUAUUGGACACAGUUAUGUCAAGUACAACAACUGGGAAACGAUCGAGGCUUGGACUGAACAAAUCGCAGCUGAGAAUCCAAGUCUCGUCUCUCGCAGUAUUAUCGGAACCACUUUUGAGGGACGCAAUAUGUACGUCCUCAAGAUUGGCAAAGCUGGGUCAAGUAAGCCUGCCAUUUUCAUGGACUGUGGUUUCCAUGCCAGAGAGUGGAUUUCUCCUGCAUUUUGCCAGUGGUUUGUGAAAGAGGCUGUCCGUACCUAUGGACGUGAGAUCCGCAUGACAGAACUUCUAAACAAAUUAGACUUUUAUGUCUUGCCUGUUGUCAAUAUCGACGGCUAUGUGUUCACAUGGACAAAGAACCGCAUGUGGAGAAAGACCCGCUCCACCCACCCUGGGUCUUCCUGCAUUGGCACAGAUCCCAACAGAAAUUUUAAUGCUGGUUGGUGCAAAAUUGGAGCCUCUAAUAGACCCUGUGAUGACACUUACUGUGGACCUACUGCAGAGUCUGAAAAGGAGACCAAGGCCCUGGCUGAUUUCAUCCGCCAAAACCUCUCUUCUAUCAAAGCCUAUUUGACCAUCCACUCAUACUCUCAGAUGAUGCUUUAUCCUUAUUCCUAUGAUUACAAAAUCUCCAAGGAUAAUGUUGAGUUGAAUGCCCUGGCUAAAGCCACUGUGCAAGAACUUGCCACGCUACAUGGCACCAAGUAUACCUACGGUCCAGGAGCUACAACUAUCUAUCCUGCUGCUGGGGGCUCUGAUGAUUGGGCUUAUGACCAAGGCAUCAAAUACUCCUUCACCUUUGAACUCCGAGACAAAGGCAGAUAUGGUUUCGCCCUUCCCGAAUCCCAGAUCCAAGCCACCUGUGAGGAAACCAUGCUGGCUAUCAAGCACAUCGCCCAAUACGUCUCAGAACAUCUGUACUAG